GGUCCAGGCGCUCUCGAGAAUCGGCGCACCCGAUGGACACGUGGCGCGCGGCAGUGUAAGCAGAUUUAGCGGUGCCGGUGAUGGUGUGGUGAAAGAGUUCGAAAAUCGUAAGCAAAGUGGUCCUUAAAUCAUCGAACCAUUUUUACCCAACUCGGACUCCAUCGAUCCAUUGGGUUUUUGAGGUUCAGUGACUAUAAAGCAAUAACCCCCAAUUUGGGGUUUUAGCGCUGUUUUUGCGAUUCCAGUUGGUUGCUUGGUCGAUUAUUUUUUUUGGUUGAAUUUUGCCGGAGGAUUCGAAUUUUUUCUCUCAGAUUGGUCUGAAUUGCUCUGGAGAAGAGGUUAGAGGCGAAUUCUGGCUGCGGUGAGGAUCAAUCGUGAGAUUGAGGAUUAUAUCAGAAAUCGACAUUGCUGUAUUAUGCAUUCGACGAUAUGAUUUCAAAGAGAAAGCUGAAUCAUGGAUUCGAUGGCUAUCGAGCUGCCAUUAUUCCCAAAGCUCCAAGAUCAAUAAGAAAAAGACCACAGCAUCGAAAUCUCAUUAAAGGCAAUGAACUCUGCGCAUUCGAUUUGCUCGCCGCAGUCGCCGGAAAGUUAUUGCAGGAGAGCGAAAGCUCUGCUUCGAGCAAUGUAGCUGAACGCGGCGCCAAUCGUGAGCAUUGUUUUGUCGACGAUAAAUCCGUGAAAUCGGAGAGUUUGGAUCAUGGAAGCUGCGCCGAGAGCGCGUUUAUUCAAGCAAACUCCAUUCGCGACUGCUCCGAUGAUCCCAAGAACGAUACUGCUAAUCCUUCGACAGUGAAGGAUCAUGCCGAUGAAUUUGUCGAUACGAAUGCGGCGGCCAUUAAUUCUGAUGACAGUGUAAAUUUGCCCGUGUACAGCGGCCCCGUCGGGGCGUCGAUCGGUGUAAAUAUAGGACGUAGAGAUGACGACGAAAAUUCUUCGAGGCGCGACAAAGAUUGCGCCGAGAUUACGUCGUAUUUGCCGCAGCCACGUGGCGGAUGUGAGCGUGUAAUGAAGAUAUCGAUGUGCAAUCACAGGAAAGCGAAUUCGACGCAAGGAAUUCACAAUGCCGGUGACGGAACGAGGUUCUUUAACGAGUGUAGGAAGAGGAGUUUGACGGCGCGGAGGUGGCAACAGGCGCGUGCACGUUUUAAGAAAAGGAAGUUGUCCGAUCGCAGAUCGGUCGUCGUGUCUGAUCAGGACAACAGCAGCGACAGCAUCUCGAACUCAACGGAUUCGUUGGCGAUCGUUGGAGGCGACGAAGAAGCCAAGGAUCAUUUCGUGAAAUUUAGCAUCAAGUCCUUUAAGGUGCCCGAACUUUGCAUCGAGAUCCCCGAAAAUGCAAGCCUCGGUUCUCUGAAGAAAGCUGUGAUGGAGACCGUAAAUUCUAUUUUCGGAAGCGGACUCGAAGUGGGUGUUGUUUUUCAAGGGGAAAUUCUCCGAGACGAUCGUAAAACUUUGUACGAUGCUGGUAUUACCGAAAAAAGCAAUCUUGAAUCUCUCGGUUUUACGCUAGAGUCGAGUUUUACGAGCUUUUCCGCAUUGCCGCAAGAUUUUGAUCAAGAAUUACUGAGGUCGUCUGCUACUCAGAUUGUCGAUUCAGGGCUUUCGGACGCCAAUAUCGAUUCGCUGCCGCCCGUCUCUAAUUUCGACGACAACAACAGCAGUGAGUUGAAAUCGUCGCCCCAGACUUCGACGAACAAAACAGUUCCUGAUUCCAAGGCGCUCGUGCCGGUCCCUCUGACGAACGAAAUGCUUGCGAUAGUUCCGGUCGACCAAAAGUCGAAGCGUUGCGAAAACUCGCAUCGCCGAACCCGGAGGCCGUUCACAGUAGCUGAAGUAGAAGCACUCGUUGAGUCGGUCGAAAAACUUGGCACCGGAAGGUGGCGUGAUGUGAAAAUUGCUGCCUUCGAACUAGCCGAUCACCGAACAUAUGUCGACUUGAAGGAUAAAUGGAAGACGUUGGUGCAUACGGCGAGUAUAUCGCCGCAACAGAGACGGGGCGAGCCGGUGCCGCAGGAGCUGCUCGAUCGGGUGCUCGCCGCACACUCGUAUUGGUCUCUGCAGCAGCCGCGGAAGCUGCCGGCGCCGGUGGAGGUUCCGGCGCCGGCGCCGGCGUGAGGGAUCAUGGCCGGGGGUUAGUGUAGAGAAAGAACAGUAAGUACAUUAUGACAUGACAAACUAAGGAUGUGGAACUGUGAUUGAUCUGUGUAGAGAAACGGACGGCCCGGAUUCAAUUGUGUGAUUGAUCUGUGUAGAGAAACGGACGGCCCUGAUUCAACUGUGAUUUCAAUUUGUUAUUGAUUGAUUAUUGUUAUUUUUCCUGUAAAUUCUCCGAAUAAAUUCCUUAACAUUGACUUAAUUUUAAUUUAUAUUUUUCUGCUUUUUAUUAUUUGUU